UGGAUCGGACGUGUGACGGCAUGCCGCGAUGGCCGACCAGACCGAAUCUGGCGCGCCCCCGGGCUUCACCACGGUCUCCAGUCUCAAAUCCGACCAUUCCACGGAACAGUUGAUAUGUAAAACCCCCCAGAAAGUUAAGAGUGUCAGUUCUAAAAGUGUGGCGAGUGAGAGAAAUGGACGGAGAAGGAUUGUUGUGUUUUUGGGGUUGGGGCAGGUGGUGCUGGGGGCUCUGCUGCUGGGCGCCGGGGCCAUGGCGGUGGUGAAGGGCGCCGCGUUGUCCCGGGUGGGCGCGGGGCUGUGGGCGGGGUGCGCGGCCGUGGUGGCCGGGGUGGUCGGAGUCCUGGCCGGGAUUAACGACUGUUACGGACUGCAUGGGGGACCUGCGGGAGGCGGGCCUCUCCUGACUGCGUUCCUGGCCUUGUCGCUGCUGUGCCUCGCCAGCGGUCACAGCGCGGCCGUGCUGGCUGCCACCGGCCUCCAGCGCGACUCCAGCAGGCAGCCGCCCACGCUCAACACCUUCCAGGAUGAAAUGGAAGCGUGGUCGCCAGUGCUGGCCAACAUCGCCGUGCUGAUCAUCGCGACUGCGCACUGCGUCCUGUGCGCGGUCAGCAUCUACCACGCGGCGCGCAGAGUGUGUCCCUGCUUCAAGGCCAAGCAGGCGUUUGACCACAACCAGUUCGACCCCGGCAAGCCUUUCGUGAUCCAUGUCGAGGAUAAGGAGAAAGUGGGAGAACUGUGCAAGGACCUGGAGGGGAAACUCCAGGCGGACUCCACUGCUGUGAAGAAGAAAAAGGAGACUCCGGAGCCCGCCGGCGAGUUUGGGAGCGCCAACAGCAAGGAGAAGCUGGUGAGCCACUGGCUGGGGCGGCAGACGGGGACUCUGCCCCCGGCCGCGCAGGGGGCGAAGCGCCGCGGCGUCAGGAAGCCGAGGAAGCCUCCGCCGCUGAUGCUGUUACCAGCACACCAUGCCACUACGCUGGGCCGUAUGCCAGUGAGCGUGAUGAUGCCGCCCGCGCCGCGCUACGCCACGCUGCCGCUGCCGCCGCCCGCGCACUAUGCGCACGCGCCGCCACACGCCCCGAUCUACUAUCCAGUGCAUGAUCCUCGCAUGCGCCGCCGACGCUCGCCCCGCUCGCCUCGGCACGAGCGGCGGCGCUCGCACGCUCGGGGCCGCGAGCGGGAUUCCCAGCUCACUCGCUCGCUCGAGCGGAUCCACCGCAAGCGGCGAGCGGAGCGCGAGCGCAUGACAGACGCCGACCUUAAGAGGACAUACACGGGUCUCGAUAGGGCCUACGCCGAGCAGUUCAUAGCAGUGAUCGACGAGACGCGCCACGCAGCCGAACACCACGACUCCCUCACCAGCACCAGUUGUGGAUCUUCUCCAUCACACUCACACGAGGACCUUUAGCUCCUGAUGAGUUCUCUUAAUUAACACGUAAAUUAUAUCCGCCAACGUAGCAGGCACGCGCGACGCCAUUUUUAUCGCGCGAAAAACUUUCGCUGUUUCGCAUUUUAUACAUACAUACAUAUGGUCACGCCCUUGCGGGAUAGACAGAGCCAACAGUCUUGAAAACACUGAAUGGCCACGUUCAGCUAUUGGGCUUAAUGAUAGAAUUGAGAUUCAAAAAGCCCAUCGCCUAAAAAGAAUCUCAAGUUCUUCGCUUUUUAUUAUAACAUGAAACGGGACUGCGAUGGUUAUUUUUCGCGCGAUUAAAAUGAUUAAAUUUAUGUAAUUUCUUUUUGUAAAGGACUACUACAUCUACAAUGUACAGACUACAUCUUCAUAAAUUGUGAAUCCUCAUCAUUAAAGAUAAUUCUAUAGUUGUCUAUAAAAAACAGUAUUCAGUAGAAUUCAACAAGUAAAAAUAAUGAUCACUAUUUCAGUACCUAAAAUGGAAGAGCUAACCCCAAAGUAGGUUCGAGACUUGUGUCUGAUACCUGCUUACACAAUUAUAUUAAAAUACAUAUCCUAGAAUCAUAUUAAGUUUAUAUCAAUUUAAAAAACAAGGCCUUGAAUAAUCUGUCUCCCUGAAUGUUUUAUUCCACUUAAUAGUUAACAUAGCUGCCUCAAUAAUACCUAAUUGCGUUUUUUAAAAGAAAUAUCAUCAAUAGUUCUUCCUAUAUAUUAUUGUUAGCGGCGAUGAUAUAAAAUAUACUGACGCCAUCAUCAUAACUGCUCCUGCAAUCUAAAAUGAUGACUAGCGUAUGUUAUUUUAAAAAUUCCGUUAAGUUUAGAGUCAACCAGUGUCUACGGUUAUAUCUAUUUGCAACAAUGUAAUAUUUUGUAGCUUAUAUUUUAUGUUAGGUUUCAUUAGUUAUGUUACCGAAGCAUAAGUAAUAUGCGACUUAUAGUUAAUAAUAUAUUAAGAAAUUUAAUCCCUCAAAGCAAGUAUAAGUAAAUAAAUGUUAGUUUCGGAAUGACAACAACAAUACAAUUUUUCUUUUUUCUUCUCAAGUAAAGAUUUUGAAAAGAAUUUAUUUUGAAUAAUAAAGAAUCUUUUUAGUAAAUCAAACCUUUGUUUUCAAAAGGUUGAUAACACAAUUUCAUUUUUGCUUUUUUGUAUUAAAUAACUUAUUAUAAUUGAUUUAAAGUCAAUAUUGGUGUUACUGUGGUGCAUUCUAUUUAUUUUAUCAAAUGUGUCACAAUAUAAAGGUUUUAUAAUUCAGUGUUUUAGUUUUAAGUUGUCUUAAUACUCGUAGUUUAGUCGACUAACUGUAAACAUAUCAUACCAAACUAAAUCUAGCUUUACGACACUUUUUAUUGUAAAUAACUCAUAAUAUUUAACUAACCCCACACGAUUUACUAAACUAAAGGUAUUCGAAGAUGAAUGAUGAAAAAUUAUGACAGACAUGUAAGAAAUAUUCGAAAGAGAACCUGUUUAGGCUGGCUAGCUAACUAAUUUCAAUAAAAAAAUGGUUUUUAAAUCUGACUAAAAUACUUACUCCAAACGUACGGUUAUUUAUUGAAAAAUGUAAGUAAGAAGGCCUGUCUGAUUUAUUAUAAUUUUAAAUAAAAUUGAAUCAAACUGUUUAUGAAGGUAUCCCUCUAUAA